AUGUGCGGAAGUACCCAGUCAACUCACCAACAUUUAGAAUACGCUCUUAAUGCCGUCAACCAAGGAGUAACAUCUCUUGGAAUUAAAGCCACAAAUGGCAUCGUCCUUGCAACCGAGAAGAAGUCCUCAUCGCCCCUCAUCGACGCUCCCUCAUUAUCGAAAGUGUCGUUGAUCACGCCCAACAUCGGCAUGGUCUAUUCCGGCAUGGGGCCAGACUACAGAGUAUUGGUCGACAAGGCCCGCAAAGUCAGUCACACCAACUACAAACGAAUCUACAACGAAUAUCCUCCUACAAGGAUCCUUGUUCAAGAUGUCGCAAGAGUUAUGCAAGAAGCUACACAGAGCGGUGGUGUUCGACCUUACGGCGUCAGUUUGCUGAUUGCAGGCUGGGACGAUGGAAUCGAGCCAGAAACCGAAGAGGCCAAAGAGGGCGAGACGGAGGCAGAGAAGAAGCUUGCUGCCCGGAAAACUGGCGGCAUUCUAAAGGGCGGUCCCAGCUUGUAUCAGGUCGACCCUAGCGGCAGCUAUUUCCCGUGGAAGGCGACAGCCAUCGGCAAGAGUUCUACCUCUGCGAAGACUUUUCUUGAGAAGCGGUACAACGACGAGUUGGAGCUUGAGGAUGCCAUCCACAUUGCGCUGCUAACCCUGAAGGAGACCAUCGAGGGCGAGAUGAACGGCGAUACCGUCGAGAUUGGCAUUGUCGGCGACCCUGCGAAUCAUCUGCUAGGCUAUGAGGGCGUGGACGGUGCCGUUGGACCGCGAUUCAGGAAGUUGAGCAAAGAGGAGAUUGAAGAUUAUUUGACGAACCUGUGA